UAAAAUAAUGACACAUUCAUAACUUCAAAAAUGUUUUUCCCAAGAAUUUUUCUACAAAAAUUUCGCAUAAAAGACAAAAAAAGUACAAAACGUGGCAUCAAAACUACAACCGUUAAAUACGAUACUGACGAAUCUGUAAGGUCGGCUUUAUUGGAGAUAUUAAUUUAUGUGAUUUUUCUAAUAACUACAACAAUCGUGGCCACGGCAUCACGUCACCUGUACAUGUUCUAUUUAAACCAAACUUUGGAAAAACUAUUUACCGGACGAGAAAUGGAAACGAAUUAUGGUGUGGAAGUUCGUUUUGAGGAACUGGUUACAACCGCUGAUUGGUGGAGCUUUUUACAAUAUAAAUUUCUGGAUGAUUUGCACGGUGAAAUGUUGAGUUCCACGGAAAAUGAAACAUUUUCGUUAAAUAAUAAAACCAAUGGCAAAGAUGGAUUGGCAAAAUGGCAGAGGGUGGUAUUAAAAGAUAAUAUUCUUCUUGGACCGCCACGCUUAAGACAGAUCCGUGUUAAAGAAAACACCUGUCAUGUCAAUGAAGCAUUUGUGAGGUAUUUUAACUCCUGCUAUGGUGAAUAUGAUAGAAAAAUAGAAGAUCGAAGUCCUGUUUAUAAAAAUACCAAAUUUUACACCGUUUCACAAUUAAAUGUAAAUCCAAUACGAGGUGAAAUUAAACGUUAUUAUGGCGCUGGUCAUGUUCAAAACUUAUCAUACGAGAGAAUGAUAAAUGAAGAGAUUUUUGAGACAUUGAAAUCGUCAAAGUGGAUAGAUCGUGGUACAAGAAUAGUAGUUGUAGAAUUCGUUUUAUUUAACUACAAUUCGCUGAUGUUCGAUAAUGUAAAAAUAUUGGCGGAACUACCACCAGUGGGGGGCAUCGUAACCUCUCAUCAAUUUCAAGCAGUCAAGCUACAUUCGAUAUGGUCAGAUGCCGAUUAUAGCGUUUUUAUAGCUGCCAUAAUAUUUUAUUUGAUGACAACUUUCUAUACUUUUGAAGAGAUUGGUGAAUUAAUAACCAUUGGAAGUGUGAAGUAUUUAAAAUCAGUUUGGAAUUUGUUAGACAUUUCGGUGUUGCUGAUGUCAUAUUUAUCCCUAAUCUACAACAUGUUCCACCAUAAAUAUUUGAAUGGUAUUCUGGAGAAGUCAAAAGAAAAUCCCAAUCAUUUUUGGAGUAUUGACAAAAUAUGCUUUUGGAAUCUCUUGUACAUUGAUAUGAUGGGUAUAUGUGUAUUUUUGGUGUGGAUCAAAAUCUUCAAAUAUAUUAGCAUCAAUAAAACAAUGUUGCAAUUUAGUACCACUUUAAAGAGGUGUGCCAAGGAUUUGUGCGGCUUUGCAGUUAUGUUCUUUAUUGUUUUCCUGGCCUAUGCCCAGCUCGGUCUUUUAAUAUUUGGCACCAGUCAUCCUGAUUUUAGAGAAUUUGGCAUUUCAAUUAUAACGCUGAUGCGUAUGUUUUUGGGCGAUUUCGAAUAUGAAUUGAUUGAAGAGGCCAAUCAUAUUUUGGGGCCUAUUUAUUUCUUGAGUUAUGUUCUGUUUGUGUUCUUCAUUUUGCUGAACAUGUUUCUGGCAAUAAUAAACGACACUUAUGGCACUGUAAAAGAUGAAGUGAAUCAGGGGUACUCCAAGUUUGGCCCAUACUUGGCGAAAAUACUUCAAAAAUGCUUUUGGUGGAGGAAAAAAGAUCCAGAACAUAAUAUAUUAAAACACACUAACGAUUCUAAGGGUCAGUUAUCGCUCAAGGACAGCAACGGCCAUAGCUCAGAUACAUUUUACCCUAUGACAAAUGAAGGUUCUUUGCCUGAAGAUGACACUUUACGUUUACGCAUAAGUGAAUUGAUUAGAGAAUAUUUCGAAUAUCUGCCUUUUAAUGAAAAUCGUCUGCAACGUGUUCACUUAAAUGCAAAGGAAAAUGAUGACAUACGACGUUUAACAAAUCGCAUAACGUUGCUGGAAGAUGUUCUGGAGCAACUAAUUGCAGACAUGGAUCUCAUUUUACGAAACAUAGAAGGAAAGCAGAAACGAAUCAGUAAAAAGGAAUGAAACAUACAAUGUUCAUAUAAAAUUGUUCAUGAUUUAAAUGGGCACGAUGUUCAGUUGUAUGAAGUUUUAUUAUUAAUUGUUCUUUAUAGUUUAUAAAUUUUAAUAUAAUAAAACAAGUAGAUUACGAUGAAA